AUGAGUAAUUUCACAUAAAUUCAAUAAGAAUCGUUUGUAGAAGAAAGGAAAUAAGUAACUCUUCCAUAAAAAGAAUAUGUACUAUAAGUCUUGAUUACUUGAAGACGAAAAAUGAAAAUAGAACAAAAAGAGCAGAAACAUAUUAAUUUUGGCAUAAAAAAGGAAAAUAGAAUUCAUAUUAAAGUAUAGUUUUAAGCACAAAUUAUUAAUUGCAAACAUAAUAGAUUACCUGAUAAUCUAUAUUCCUAGGUGGAUGUAACUAGAAUUAUUAAUAAUAAUGUAAUCCUUGCCGUUAAUAAUAAUAAACAGUUGGAAAAGGUUAGGAGUUGUAUCAAAGCAUCAUGGAGAGAUAAAGUUCUAUAUUUACAAUUUUUUAUAGCAGAAUUUGAAAAGAAGAAAGAAGUGUAAAUAGUAAAAGAAGUAGAUAAUACAAGAGUAAUUAUAAUUUAAAUUUAGAUAAUUGAAUUAGAAGCUGAGAAUGAGAGAUUAAGAAUUUUAAUAGAAAAAAUUAGAAGUGAAGUAAUAACAUAGAGAAUAUAAGAAGUAAAUAAUGAAGCUGAAGGAUGGAAAAGAAAGUUUUAAGAAAUUAAUCAUGAUUAUAGUGAGACAUAAGAGAAAUUGAUGAAUGCAGAAAUAGAAUUAGAAGCAUUAAAAAAAUAAAAGGUAUGUUAUUAAAAUGUAUUAGAGAUUGUGACAACAAAUAGUAGUGUUAUGAGAUCUAUUAUAAAGAGUUCAGAUUCAAGUGUCAGAUAGUCAGUAUCUGGUAUUAAACCUAAUGUAUGAGUUCAUUAAAAUCAUUAAUAAAAAUAAAAAAUAAUUUAGAAAUGUAAACACCAGAACCAUAGACAAUACAAUACAAAUUUAGAAGUAGAAGUAGAGACACUUCAAAACUAAAGUGAUUAUUACUAUUUAAAAGUAGAUUGAUGGCUAGAUCAACUACAGAUAGUAGUAGUAGUAGUAGCAACAGCUCUUCUUCUUCUAGUUCAUCUAGUAGCGGUAGUUCCUCAGGAAGUUCUUCAAGUAGUGGAUGCCAUUUUCAUUAUCAAAUUGGAGACAAAAUUGACAAAUAUUUGAUCACUCAAUAUUUAUGCUCGGGCACAUUUGGAAUCGUUUUAGAAGUUAUUGACGAAUUAGCAAACACAUAUGCUGUGAAAGUUAUUAGAUUAAUAUUCAGAUCUUGAGCGAAACUGAUCAUA